UCAGCAGGGCAGCACACGGCCUCAAACACACCGAGAAAACUACUUCACAAGUCCGAAGUUUGGUGCCAGUGAACUUUAAAACAUUCGUAUCAUCCUGACAGACGCUUGACAGCUGUGAACAGACAUCUGUCCUGCACAUUUGGAUUUAUUUUUUUUGAAAGAGCGAGUUUGGAGAGACAUUGAAGGUGCUUCACUUCCAGACAGAGUGACCUCUUCCUGCCCUCCACGACAACCCUCUGAACCUCUCUUUGACCUCACCUCUUCUUCUCUUGUCUGUGGCGCCCAGUGCUCCCCAGGCUGCCUAGAGAUCGGGCACAGCGCCAUGGUAACUCACAGCAAGUUUGACUCCGCAAUGAGCAGCAGCCUCUUGGACUCCAGUAUGCGGCUGCCUCAACGUUACAAGACCUUCGCCUCCAAGACGCAGUACCAGAUGGUCCUCGCCACGCUCCACAAGCUCCAGGAGAGUGGCUUCUACUGGGGCUCCAUCACGGGGAAGGAGGCCAACGCCAUGCUGGCGGCCGAGACCACCGGCACGUUCCUCAUCAGGGACAGCUCCGACAACCGACAUCUGUUCGCCCUCAGUGUCAAGACGGCGUCAGGCACCAAGAACCUGCGUAUUCAAUGUGACAAUUCCUCUUUUUACCUGCAAACAGACCCUAAGAACAUUCAGUCUGCACCCCACUUUGACUGUGUCCUCAAGCUGGUCCAUUUCUACAUGCCGCAGAGCAAAGGGAACACUCGCAGUGGGAAUAUCUACUACAUUUACUCUGGAGGGGAGAAGAUCCCUCUGGAGCUCAUUAAACCUCUCUCCUGUAGCUUGUCGACUUUGCAGCACUUGUGCAGGAAAACAGUCAAUGGACAUUUGGACAUUUCUUCCAGAAGAGACCAACUUCCUCAUCCUCUGAAGGAGUUCAUGCAGGAGUAUGACGCUCCUAUCUAGAGGCGUUGGACUGAUGCUCUUGAAGGGGCAAAGACUGGAAAGGAAAUGGGACAGCUUCAGCACAAAGACAUGUGCUGCGUCUGAGGAGUAACGGUGAAGCAGAGUCAAGCCCGAGAUCACGCUUGAGAAAAGGAGCAGUUUGUUGUACUGACAAGAUGUUAGCAGGUCUCGCAUUAAAGUGGACUUCUGUGUUUUUAGGGUUCACCAAGAGAAAGAGAGCACUGCUGUAAUCUGGUGGAUUGAACGAAAGAGAACUGGUUGUCCUCCUCCACCUCACUGAUGACAUGCAACUUACUGAAAACUGAACUCACAGUCAGCUGUCUGCAGUCUGAUGACGCACAGGUUCCCUCUGCUGCUGCUGCUGCUAACCAACUGUGCUCUGAGGCCGUCGACUGGCCUCAGAAAAAAAAAAAAAAAAAAGAAAAAAUCAUCCAUCCAUUAAAGCUGAACCGGCUUUUACAGUCAGGCUGGCUUUUUGCUGACCUCGGAUGAUAAUCUUGGAUGUAUUAGACGUCCAUGCAGCAUCCUGGGAUGUCUGACCAUGCUGGAAAUUCACAGACAAUGGAAAAUCAGAGUACAAAUAAGUACUGAUGGCCCUCUGGGUGCAGCCACGUUGGGGAAAUUGAACUUAAAGAUUUUUGAAGCACCAGAAAAUGUGCAAAGAAGACAAGUUUCUGAUAUUUAGUUUUGAAGAAGGGGUUUAAGCCAAACUUGCCUGUACUAGACAACAGUUUGUUGGAGCACCAACAUGACUGAAUUAUAUAGGAUCUUACUUGAUAGACCACUGUUUAAUAUGGCGUCAGUGGUGAGGAAAAUGUGGUAGUAUUUGUGGCACAGACAGUGAUGCCAUCGCUUGCAAAUGAAUGUAUAAAACAUUGUCUUUUCCCCAGUAAGGAGAAGAGUCAAAAUUUAUCUUAUUGUCAUGAGUUUACAUGAGUGAAGAUGUUUUUGUGCUGUCUUUUAUAAAGAUGUACUUUUGCCAGCCAAAACCACUGGCUUUGGAUGCUUGAAGACAUUUGUUGACGAAGCAAGCAGACUGAUACGACUUUGCACUUAUUUAUAUUUGUAUGAACAUUUCAUUAAUUUAUAAUAAAAGAGCACUAUUUUUCUAUGAAA